UCGUUGUCGAUAACUCCGCCCCUCACUUCCGGUUCCGGUGCCGCGGGUCUCUCGGACGGCGUUAGUGCGUCGUUACCAUAGCAACAGUUCAAACAAAGCGCACACAGCUCGCUGGCUGGCACUGGACGCGUUCCGCUCGGUGUCUCGCUGCGUCUGAUUAACGGUUAUUACAGCCGUUCGCGGAUAGUUACAGCUUCUGUUUCGCCCAAAUGUGUGUGUCGGGUUUUCAGCGGGAAGCGGAAGCUCUCAGAAGACUCGUGUGUCAAGAGGAGAGAGAGGCGAGGAGGCUCGAGCUCAGAGACGCUUCCCGCGCGCUCCGGGGUCACAUGCAGGCGCAGCUCCUGGCGGACAUCAUGAAAGUUCAGCAGCAGCUGCAGAAACUCAAGAACGGCGUCUUCAGAUUCCAGGAGCAGCUGAUGGACGUCAAACCGUCUCCAGACGUGAUCGAGAAAUUAAGAGAGACCAUGAGCGAUAUUGAGAACUCCAUCAAUGCUUUCAAAGACACGCAACAUCAGAGUUUUGAGGAGCUCCUGAAAGACGAGAGGAGCGUGUGGCAGGAGAUCUGCGCCUUCGAGAGGAAGAUGGACUCGUGGUGUGUGCCGGUGAGAGCAGACGGCGGUCCUCCUCGCUCAGAGAAGCCCUGCGACUGGAGGAGUCUCCCGGCCGAGGUGACGGCGCUGCAGACCUUCCUCCAGCAGACGGGAGGCCGAGACGGCGGCUGGGACGAGUUUGACCACCGCAGCUUCCUGAAGGUGUGGACCAAGCACAGAGGAAAGCCCUCGUACAGACACGAAGCACGGCUUUAUCUGCCUGGGAAGACAGAGGAGGAGGUGAAGCGGCACGAGGACUGGUUUCUGGAGCUGCGCCGGCUACAGGAGGACAAGAGAGAGGCCAUCUGUAAAUGGCGAGCGUGUAAGCAGAGAGAGCGGGAGCUGCAGCGGGAGCAGCGUGACGCAGACGAGGAGCCGCAGGAGGACGAGGAGCAGGAGGAGCAGCGCAGGGAGGCGUCUGAGCGUCUGGAGGUCUGGAGGAGACGCAGAACACAGCAGAGAGAUGAGGAGCGACAGCAGCGGCUCAGAGACCAGAUCCUGCAGACGAGAAGAGCUAAAGAAGAGCGGCGGCGACAGCUGGAGCUCAAGCUGCUGGUGGAGGCGCACCUGCAGCAGAAGAAGGAGCAGGAGGAGCUGCGUGUGCUGGAGGAGGAGGCGCAGGAGCAGGCGGAGAGACAGGAGCGCCAGCGGCAGGCAGCUGAAGGCAUCAGACGCUUUCAGGAGCGAGACUCUCGCCGCCUCGAGGAGAAGCUGCAGGAGAAACAGAGUAAAGAGCAGGAGCAGAGCGAGCGGCAGAGGACGCUAGAUAAACUGAAGGACAAGGUGGAGGUUCACAUCAGCCGCGAUCCGUCUAGACUCUGGAGGCUCACUAAAGUGUGGCAGGAGCGCACUAAAGAGAUCGGGCCGUCGGGGCCCGGAGCCGGAGCCGGAGCCGGAGCUGUGCUUCACAUCUUCCACAGAGCUGUUCCUGCAUGGAGACAAGACUCAUGAAACAUCCACCGCUUCAGCUGGAAGAGUCUCAGAAUGAACUGCAGUGUAAAUGAAGUGUUAAUGGAGGCAUCAGUUUGAUUAAACGGUUUUAUACUAGUGAUGUUACGUUCACCACGGAAGCUUCGACGCUUGUAUCAAACACUGCACAUUUCACACUGAAGCACUGUCCUGGAGCUUGACCUCGGGCUUCGUGGAAGACGAGACCUAUUGAAGAGUUGCUAGAGAAAGACAGCCCAGAUUGUGCUGUGUUAGUGAUGCACCGAUCAUAGCUGAUUCAGAUUCAGUUUUGUGAUCUAUGAGAGAGUCAUCAACUAAAUUACAAAGUUUAUUUCAGAUAACGUAUAAUACAAACAACAUCAGUGAUCAUCUUUGACAACAUUUGCACUUACAUCAGCAACGAGAUAAACCUGGGUUUACGCUCACAUAAUAGAGUUAACGUGUCACUUGCGAUCUUUAUUUGUUAAUUAUCUGGAGAUGCGUUACAAUAUUUACAUAAUAUUGUUUCAAAAUUAAAUCUAACCCUUAGAAUCUCUCCAGAAGGGUAAAUACCAUAUAGCAUUUUCUUUAGUUUUGGGCUGAACUGGAAAUUGUAAACUGACUAUAUAAUAAAUAACCUUUCAUAAUAGUUUUAAGUCCAGAGCUGGAGUUACUGUGAAGCCCAUGUUUAAGAGUAAAAGCACUGUAAUCCAACACCUCCGCAGCUGCAUCAAAGACAUCCUUUAAAGAGCAAAUACUUCUACAAAACCAAUCCUCAUAAAAAAGUGAUUUAUUUCUGUCUAGAGUAUACUUAU